AUGUGGCGUCUCUGGUCGUUGGUUAAAUCUCUGAGCUUCAUAGAAACGUUUUUAUCAACAAUAUCAAACCGGUCAUCCGCUGUGCGUGGCCGUUUGAAGUGGUUAUUGACGGUUGCUAAUUUUGGUGUCGGUUUAUGGCGAAACUGCGAACCUGAAGCCACACUUGAAGUUUUUUCAGUAGAAUCGUGGUUUCGGCCUGUGAUUCAUCCUGUAACAAAAUAUUUGUUUGAACAUUUCCACGACUAGAACAAGACUGGAGAAACAUUUCUCAGAGCUUUGACGAACUCUGGAACUUUCCUCAUUGCCUUGGGGCCAUCGAGGGCAAGCAUGUGAGCAUCGUCUCCCCAUCUGAAAGCGGAUCGUACUAUUAUAAUUAUAAAGGUUUUCAUAGCAUGGUGCUAUUAGCCUUAGUUGAUGCAAAUUAUCGUAUUUUAAUGUGCGAUUUCGGAACAAAUGCCUGAUAGUGGUGUAUUACAAAAUACCAAUUUUUUUAAAAAACUACAAAAUAAUCUCCUGAAAAUUCCUGUAGAAGAAACCGUACGGAAUACUUACAGAAGCCUACCAUAUGUAUUUAUAGAUGAUGCAUUUCCAUUGAGGUUAGACCUAAUGAAACCUUUUCGACAGGCAGCCUUGACUUCUAGGGAGAAAAAAAAUUACAACUACCCUUUAUCACGAGCAAGACGUAUUGUCGAAAAUGUAUUAGGAAUAUUGGCUGCCAGAUUUCGCAUAUUUCACACUUGCAUUAAUUUGGAACCGCGAAAUAUUGAAUUCGUUGUAAUGGCUUGCUGCAUGUUACAUAACCUUUUGAUAGCUAAAUCAUUAAGAACAUAUACUCCUCCAGAGUGCUUUGACUAUGAUGAUACGGAAGAAGGUGUGACAAAUUUUGGCUUGAAUUCACAAGGUUCUAAUAUGUCUAGCUUGCAACGAAGACCACUUGGAAAUACAGCAAAUGGAGCAAAAGGAGUUAGGGAGGCCUUUAUGAGUUAUUUUACGAAUGAAGGUAAAGUUUCUUGGCAAGAUAGAUUCAUCCAAUAAAAACUUACCUACUAAUAAUACUAUUGUAUAGGGUGGUCCAAAUUGGUCGCUCUCUUAUGGGAACACCCCUUAUUGAAAGAAAUCGACUAAAUUUUAAGAACGUCCCUUGGCAACAAAACGAUUACAAAUUGCAAAAUUUUGUUUGCGCCAAUGACUUUUUUUGACCAAUUUGGACCACCCUAAAAAUACAAAAAUUACCUACAAAUAGGUACUUAUUUACAUUAUGAAAAAUGUGUGGUUAUUAAAUAAAUAAACAAACAAAUUAUC